UUUUGGCGUCAGAGGCAGUAGAUGGGAAUAGUAUUUUUACCAUGGCAGAUAAAAGUCAAGCGUGUUCAGUAUGGCUCGGUUCAGAAACUGGAAUAUUAAAAGGAGUGAGCCUUGCCAAGAAACAUGCUUUCAACUUCUGUGAAAUGAGUACUCUGAGUCGGGAUCAGGAAGUCUGUGUGCUCUGUUGGGGGGACGCACAAGAGUCCGAGGUAUUGGUGGGCUCUGUGAAUGGAACAGUGAAGACUUUCAGCACAGAGAAAGGGAUCUUCACGGAGAGCAAGCAGUGUGGCGACAGCACCCAGGGCAGGUUCACUGGACUCGCUGUCACAGACAGUGCUCUGGUCACUUGUGUGGAGUCUGGGCUGGUCAAGGUCUGGAAGGAAGGCAGCAGUGACACUGUCGAGAUCAAUGCCGGCAGCAGUGUGUGUCGGAUGCGUCAGAAUUCAGUGAAGCGCCACCAUGUGGCCACCGGAGGAAAGGAAAAUCCCCUCAAAGUCUGGGAUCUGGAGAGACCCGACACACCUGUAUUUACAGCCAAGAAUGUUCGUAAUGACUGGCUGGACCUGCGAGUGCCGGAGUGGGUGAGAGAUAUGGCCUUCAUUCCAGACUCUGACAAGAUCGUCACCUGCACAGGACACCACCAGGUACGAGUGUAUGACCCCGCCUCCCCUCAGCGGCGACCGGUCCUGGAGGCACAGUUUGGGGAAUACCCCCUCACUGCCCUUUCCCUCCCAGCUGGCCCUGGCUCUGUUGUCGUGGGCAACACACAAGGACAGAUAGCUAUUUUAGAUUUACGCAAAGGUCUGGUGCGUGGUUGUCUGAAGGGGUUGGCCGGUGGGGUUCGGGGACUGCAGUGUCACCCGUCUCUCCCCUUAGUGGCCUCCUGCGGUUUGGAUCGGUUCCUCAGGGUACACAGCCUGGAGGACCGCAAACUACAGCACAAGGUGUAUCUGAAGUCACGGCUAAACUGUGUGCUUCUGUCCAGCCGAGAUCCGGAGGCCUGUCCUGCCGCAACGGAAAAGGAAGAGGAAGUCAAAGAAGAAGAGCAUUGUGGAGACGAGGUGUGGGACACAAUGGAGACGGUGAUGGAGGGAACGAGAAAAAGACGAGUGGAGCAAACAGCCGGCAAAGGUGGAAAGAAGACGGGCACAAAGAAAAAGAAAAUGGUGAAGAAAUGAAAAAAAUACAUCUAGAGGAAAAGAGGAUACUCUGUGCCCCUCGGGAGGAGGGGAAAUCUGCUUGGAGCCUUUUUUUGGAAACAAGUCCUCAGCUUUGCCUCGGGGCGUGGCUGCAGUAAUCUCUUGUUCUUUGUUAGGAUUUCUAAAAAAAAAAAGUGGACUGACAUGGGACAGCUGUAAAUAUGCAUAACGGUGUCAGUGUGACUCCUUGAAAGUACCUUCACAUUAUAUAUUUCUACAUUUCUAUUUACCUCUAUGUACGUAUUACAGGAUUCAGCACACUUGGAGAAAUGCAUUGAACUGUAAAUCUUAACAAAUGGCAACAACGAUUAUUUAACA